CGCCACCUUCAGCACAAGGACCAGGAUGAGGACUAUGUUAUUCCUGGUCGCUUAACUCAGGCUCAGUGGACAGAAAUGUUGAUCCAAGAGGAUACAGAAGAGAUCAUGGGGAGAUCAUAGAUGAACUGUUGGAGUAAGGUCAUGGAAGGCUGUUUCAAGGUGGACAUUGAAAGACAGCUAAUACCUUUCAGCGCAUCCUGGGCCAAGAGCUACCUCACGCAGAUUCUAGAGCGCCAAUUCUUGUGCCUAGAUGAGGGAGAAGGACCAGAGGAAGCUUCUAAAACAGAAGACUCUGAGCCUAUGCCAGGAACUCCAGAUGCUUGGGCUGAAGGAUGUGUGCCUGUUAUAAAUGCAACCCAUAGACCUCAUCUCACCUCACAAAAGGAGGCUGACAAUGGCCAGGUCCCACUACAAACAGAGCCAAGAGUCAACCAGCAAUGUCCUGUUAUGCCCCAAAUGGAGAGCUCUUCAAGACAAACUAAGAAAGAAAUAAGUCCCCAGACGCUUGUCACAAACAAACAUUAUAAAGUGGUUAUCCUUGCACUCCACCAAAGACUGAUCAAAAGAAAAAAGCAGCAGGUUAAUUCACCUCCAAAACAUCUUCAAGCCAAACCACCCUUGUCCUGCUCAACAGAAAAAUGGGAUGUGGAGGUACAGGGUAAAAAUAUGAGUCAUUCUGGUUCGAUCACCACAUCAGCAAAAGAGCUGGCAACACAUACCAAAGGCUCGAUAAGCUCAGCUUGCCUCGACAUUGGCUUUUUCCUCAAUAUGACAUUGUAGAUAGCAAUGACACAAAAUCCAACUUGAUCAAAUCAACUGGACGAUCCAGACUAGAGCCAAGAUUCAACAAGCAGCAGAUUGACAGAACGUUCCCAUCACUGAAGCCACUAACCAGCUCCCAAGGAUCAGCCUAAAAUGUUUCAGGGGGCAAAGUGAGGAUGAUGUCCUUCUGAAGAAACUGUCUCCCUCUAGACAUAGAAAGGAACAGAUGGAGUUGUCUGGGCCUCUCAGACUAGACACAAUGGUCUUAGCCAAGGGUGUUUCUCUCUUGGAUCCCCAGUCAGUUGAACUUAACCCUCUCAAAUGUAAUAAUCCAACCCAUUCUAUCAAUCUGAGGCCAAUACAGAGUAGUGUAGCUGUGCCACUAUAUUCAGUUGAUCAGGUUACCAGUGGUCCACUCCCUCAGGUCACCCCAUUAUUUCAGCCCAAGAGCUGUGACAACUGAUUGUAAGGUUUAGUGGUGUCUAUAGUGGUAUUUCGAAGAUGAUCUUUAUGUUAAUUACAUGAAAAAUAUAGAUAAAGUUAUAUAGUGUCUGUUGCAGGUCAGGUUGUGAAAAGUGAUUAUAGAUGAUGUACAAAGACUCAAUAUUUUCUCCUUCCAUGUGUUCGUGUGUUUCUCUGCAUUUGCAAAACAGCAGUGACAUACAUUGUGCAUCAUCAAAUAUUUAUAAUUUGUAAUUUAAAAAAUGAGACCUGAUAUCUGGGAAUUCCAUAUAUGCAUUGUAGCUUCUUUGAUACAAAUAUAAAGACAUAGUUAAUAUUAAUCUUGAACAAUAAUCAUUUGUUUUUAAUUUAUUUGCUAUUCACUGACUGCUGUCUGUACACAAAGUGCCCUUCAAAGACACUGCACCCUAAAGCUUUAGUCUAAUUGCAAUGAGCAAAAGCAAGCUGUUUGUUCAUUCAGUGUGUCCCACAAAAUAUAAUUAAAUAUCAGAUAAGAUGGGCUGCACAAUGGCUUGGUUUUUAUCACUGUUGCCCUGCAGCUAGAAAAUCCCCAGUUUGCAUCCCGACAUUCCUGGCCUUUCUGAAUGGAGUUUGCAUGUUUACAUGUUCUCCUGUGCAUGCGUGGGUUUUCUCUGAGUUCUUUGGGUUCUCUCACAGUCCAAAAAUGUGCUCAGGUUAAUUGGUAACUCUAAAUUGUCCCUGAGCGUGAAUGUUUGUCUCUAUAUGGUAGCCCUACGAUAGAUUGGCGACCCUUCCAGUGACCAUAAUGAGGAUUGAACUGUGUAUGAAUAAUGGAUGGAUAAGAUAAAGAUAACAGUAUCUUAUAUAAGCAUCUUAAACACUGUGAAGAUUUAACUCAGGAAAGUUUUUAGUUUCAGGUAUGAUAUCUGCUUGGU